GCCCUUUCAAUUUUUGAGUUGGCAACUCUGCAGGCCAGCCGCGGCCUUGACGUGCGGCGGCCACAGGGACGCAAAACAGCACCUGGACACAGUAACACAGCACUCUCCGGCACGCAGGGCGGCCCGCGGCUCCACGACGGAAACAUGAAUUGCCCAGAACUGAGAUGAAGACGAGGUACCUCAUUACAUCACAGCUUAAUACUCAACAUCAUAGCAAAAAUAUUCUCAAUCCCUCAUACACCAAGUGAUGGCAUGCUACUCAGAGAUGUACCCUUCCCCAUCUGUGUCCCCAAAUCACAAGACCAAUGGGAGUGUCAGCAACCAGCAGCUGUACCCACAAAGACCUGCAUGCUAAUCUACCUUCUACAUAUAUCUUUGCAUUGUUUCAUUUGGGAGGUGAAGUAAUGAGGUAAUGUAAAAACCUAAAUGCUUGAGAGGUAUGGUAUGGACCCAACUCAUUGUCAGCUCCUGUUGCAGUACUUAUAGUCAAGAAAAUAUGGGCACCCUGCGUCUCACCCGCACCGUUCAGCGCACCUACAUUGGGCGGCGAUCAGGCUGCUCCCAGCCUGUCAUCAUUGCUCUUCUCGUCUUUUCAACCUUUGUUUUCAUCAUCUUUCAGAUGGCUAAUUUGAUCCCUCGUAAGCCAGCUCCAUUAACAUUCGCCUGGGCAUCCAGUGCAGUGCGGGACAUAGCUGUGUAUGUGAGACCCGACCAGCCCACAGCACACCUCCAGCCCGCCAGACUGUGUAAAGACCCACCAUUUGUCCUCAUCAUGGUUCCGAGUGCCAUAAACCACAGCCUGGAGAGGGACACAAUAAGAAGGACAUGGGGUCAGUGGGCUGGGAGUAAUCUCUCUGUCAUCCUUGCUAAUGACAAGCAGAUUGCUCAAAAGACAGCCAACAAGAGUACCAAGAAGCCACCUAAUGUGUUGACAGUACACUCCCUACCCCCCAAGGCUGCCAAGGUUGUGUUCCUGCUAGGGGCAGUCCGAGGGGAGGACCCUGUCAGCAUAUCAGUGAGAGAGGAGAGCAGACUCUUUGGAGACAUACUGGUUGAAGACUUUAUAGACUCCUACACCAAUCUUACCCUCAAGACUGUUUUCAUGCUAAAGUGGGCUCAGCAGCACUGUUCCAAGGCCCAGUACAUCAUGAAGGUGGAUGAUGACAUAUUCCUCAAUGUUCCUAACCUGCAGCAGUCUCUUCUCAACAAGACCACAUCUCCCCUUAUGACAGGCAGCCUCAUAUGUGGCGCCCGGCCCAUCCACAACCAGUGGUCAAAGUGGUACACGCCACGCUACAUGUUCCGUGAAGGCAAGUACCCUAACUACCUUUCUGGCACGGGAUAUGUUAUGUCAGGGGAUCUGGUUAAGCCUCUCCUUAAUGCUGCAAUAACUACACCUUAUUUCCAUUUAGAAGAUGUCUUCCUCACUGGAAUAUGUGCCAAAAAGAUUGGGGUUCGUCCCACCGAUAACAUAGGGUUUAGCUACCACCCACGAGCUGUGAAUGCGUGUAUUUACAGGGAGGUGAUUAUGGGUCAUGAGGUUAUUCCUCUAGAAAUGGUGAGGCUGUGGAACAUGAUGAACCAACCUAAACUUGUUGCAAAAUGUCGUCCAAUGAAAAAAUCUCAAAUCAGAAGUUACUUUCCAGUCAAAUGCACCUGGAGAUGAAACAGGCUGCAAAGUCCUUUAUUGUUGAAAGUUGAUAUACAGCAGAUUUUUCAACUAUUUUAUCACCGUGGUUAUAUGAAGAAAACUUUUGAAAUUGCCUUUUAUUGUAGUAUAUAUCUAUUUGAUGUACUUAGAUUUUAUUCUCAAGAAAUGUAUUUUAAAAUAACUUUUGAAAACAUUCAGUAUUAGCCUGGUAGGAAUAAAUAAACAAGCACUUGCUGAAUCCUCAAGACAAGUAGCAAAAUGUCUUCUGUUCCUUGGAAUUAAUAAUCAAGACGUGUUAACCCUUUCAGUACGGUGACGCCGACGUCGGCGUCACCAUCAGCAUCACCGCAUGGAAAGGGUUAAUCCAAUUUUAAACCUCUUAAUCCUCUUCUAAAUCUCUUAAGAGGAAAUGGAAGAGGAUUAAGAGGUUUAGAAGAGGAUUAAUCCUCUUCCUUUUCCUUUUAACCCUUUCCAUACUGUGACGCCGACAUCUGCGUCACUGUAUUGAAAGGUUUAAAAACCUUAUAAAUCUUGCCUAACGUACUGCACUUCCCCUGACCAAAAAACUCUGUUCAUCAAUUCCUCACACUUUGCAUCAUUGUACACCUUACCUGAACUACACUUUCCUAACACUGCCUGAGUUACAUAUUUAGCUACAUCCACUAGGUACAGUGAACAGGAAGGUGUCUUGUGUGGCAGUAACUGUACAAUGCAAUAUACCUCUUUACACUCACCUUCAUCCACAUUAUCUGUUGUGCAUCUCUAUCUCACACAUUCCCUAAGUUAAUUUAAUAUCUUUUUACCACUUAGCUGCAUUUACUCUUAUACACACCAAUAUCCCAGUGUUCUCUAAGCUUCUUUUGUCACCCAUGAACAGGGGAAGCUAGAUUGUUUAAGCAAAAUUAUAUAUUUUUCUUUAUUUGGAAAGAGUGUGUUUCAAGGAAUUAAUUACAAGGACCACUUGUAGUUAACAGGAAGUUCCCACAGUACUUGCAGGUAUGAAACACUCACUGUGGUCGGAAUGUGAUUUAUUAUAUGUGUAAAAUAUUUCUGAUUUUAAACUAUGUAUAUAUUUACUGCUUCUGCAUUGUUAUACGUGCCAUUUUACUCAUUCACAUCACAGAUCAAAGCCUUGUUUACUAGUUUAUCUCACUAAAUAUUCUUGGAAAAUAUAUAUAUAUAUAUAUAUAUAUAUAUAUAUAUAUAUAUAUAUAUAUAUAUAUAUAUAUAUAUAUAGAUAUAUAUAUAUAUAUAUUCCAAGAUAACACAGUUCAGUCACAUAUAGAAAUAUAUGGUUAUUUUAACCAGUUUAGAAAGUAUUAGGAAACUAUUAGUCAAUCAAAUCAUUGAUGAUGGAAUAUUAAUCUAAAGAUUCUCAUUAUAUUAUACCUGAGCAAUCUGUGUCUGUGAUAAGUGUAUGAAAAGUUUAGUGAGAGGAGUUUUAUGAGGACGUUUCGUAUCACUGUAUGAGCACCUAGUCAGGAUGGCCUUGCUUAUUUGCUGGAAAAGUCCUAGUCCAUUUUAGGGUAUGGCAUAAUUGUUUUAUACUACUGUGCAUCAUAUAUCACUAAAGCAUAUCUAAUAUGCAGGUUUAUCUUUCUUUAAGCUGAUAAUGCAAGUUCUAAUACAUAAAAAUGUUUAGCAUUUAUUUCUUAAAUAUUGUAUUUGAGUAUACUGAUUUUCCCUAUUAAGUCAAAUGUCAAAUAUUGUAACAAGUCUGAGGUGUGUAUUAUUAAUGGAAAGGAAGAGAUCUGUAUGUACAUGUACUACAGCAUCCUACCUUUCCAAAUCUGGUGCAUUUCAUUCAUGCACCAGAUUUGGAAAAGGUGCUGGGCAUUAUCAAUCACAGCUAGGAGGUGAUGAUGAUCCUGAGGCCUGUUCCAAUAAUUUUCUGGUGAAUUGCACUUCAACUUGAACAUUUCCAUAUUUCUUAUGCACACAUUAACAAGUCUAAUUAAUAUAUUGCCUUUACCAAUAAUGUCUAAAAUAACUUGCAUUAUAUUUUACUGUCUUCCUGUGACUUCCUCAGAAGGAGAAUAUCUGGUCACCUUGAGAAUCAAAUUGAUAUUGUUGUUGUUCUGUAUAUUUUUAAGCCCUUGGUUAUCUUGUAAAGUCUAUUAAGAAGUAAUGUGAGAAAAGGCUGAACAAGGUAGUGUCCAGGAAGGAGGGAAGAGUCUCGUGCACUGGUCUGCAUCAUCAAGGUCUGUGCACUGAAUUGAAUCUCACCGUAAACUGAAUGCAUGAGUAUGUUUUCUAGCAACUAUUACUAAAAAAAUAUUUUUCACAUUUUAUAAAGAAGACUACCAUAUGAAAACAGAGUGGUAGAAAGGUUAAUUUCGCUCUUGUCCUACUGUGUAAAUGAUUUAUUAUGCUAACCUUAUUACAAGACAUUACAUAUUUUCAAAAUAACUAAUACUCAACAUUUAGCAAAUUCUUAAUGUAUUUAUUUGAUUUAUUGGUGUAAUUCAGAAAAUAAAGGUUCCAUUUUUUAACCAUGUGAAUAAGUAGUAUGUUGUUUGCUCAAAUGAAUUAUUUUCUGAUUAAAAGAUUCUGUAGGCUUGGGGAAGUAAUUCUACAAUUCCUGUCAUGUCCUGUACUUUAUUUGUAUUAAUUGGGGUGUACACUUGGGGAGUGCCAUGGUGUUUUAUGAAGACUGGAAGGUUGUUAUUGUGAAUAUUCUCAUCUGGUGGGAUGAUGAUGGUGUGGAAAGUUCAGAUAGAUAUUUUGAGAUUUUAAUGAUGUGAAAUGUCUCUCACCAGAAAUGGUAUAUAUUUUAUUUGAGUUUUAGCUCUAUUAUAUAUAUAUAUAUAUAUAUAUAUAUAUAUAUAUAUAUAUAUAUAUAUAUAUAUAUAUAUAUAUAUAUAUAUAUAUAUAUAUAUAUAUAUAUAUAUAUAUAUAUAUAUAUAUAUAUAUUCGGAUCAUGCAUCUUAUAUUUGGAUUACAAGUGUUUGAAGUUACAAAAGUUUAUGAAUUGGAUGCAGUGGUGUUGAUAUUAUUUUGCCACCAUUCCCUCCCCAGUGUUAAGGUGGGGUCACACAAGCUAGUUUCUCUGAAAUUUUCUUCUGACGAUUUUCUGUCACAAAUUUAACAUCGAGGUUGGUCACACAGAGGACUGUUGCAUUCUGGGAAUGUCAGCCAAUGGCUAAUCUUUAUUUCUGUAUGAUUUCAAAACAUGCAUUGUCUUAUGAAAUUAUUAUUAUUUAUUGGAAAAGGAUAAUGCCAUAAGGCAUACAUCAUAUAAAUGCUCAAGUCAGGAUAUAUAGAAUGUAACAAUACUCAUAAUGUGUAUUUUUAACCAAGUCCUCCCUGUCAAAGUUUUCCCUCACGCAGUUCAAAUAUCACUCCGUUCUCUGUAAUGUUCAGUGUUUAACGUAGCUUUAAAAUGAGCUUUCUUGACAGUUUAAUGAUAAUUUCAUGGAAAAAAACCCAUCACUAAUGAGUCAUUGUGAAGAAAUAAAUGAAAAGUGUUCAUGGUUUUCACUCAAGCAGCCUUCAGGCAGGGGGAUUCACUCUAUGAAUUUGCCAGCCUCUGACAAAAAAGACCGACACGCUGGUAUUCUAGAUUCUGAUCAGAUUUUUGCCGAGUCUACUGUAAAGUUAGGCCAACCUUGAAUCUCCGCAGAAAACUUAAGAGAAACUAGCUUGUAAGACUGCACCUUUAGGACAGCACCAGCACCAGAUGUAAUGCAUCUGCUAAAAAUUUAUAAUCCCUACUAUAAGCUAAUCAUACAGCAUACCUCUGAUUUUAUUUUUUAAAGGUCUGGUGAUUUGAUUUUGUUUUCUGAUGCCUUUUUUUGGUGUGUGUAAAAUAUUAAGUUACUUCAUGGACUAUGGCAAAGGUAUCCAUGGUUCUCAACAAUCCUAUGCCCUAUAUCUCCAUGGGAAUGAGCACUGUGCUAGCCCUGACAGUUACCAGUGGCCCCUUGGUGGGCUGCAAGCAGAGGGGGUCUCCAAUUUUCCCUAGGAAGGGGAGGAAAAGGAGGGUGGGAUUCCUUAGGAUUGUGUGCCUGAAUGUGAAUGGAUUACAUAAAGAAUGAAAGAAGUACUUAUAGGAGCAUUCAGGAGAGCAAGAGUUUUUGAUAAGUGGCAUUGAGUGUGAACAAGGGGGGUAAAUACAGCAUAAAAGAAAAAAAAAUGGCAUUAUCAUCUCAACUUUGUCAUAUGCAUCAGACAUCUGGGCAUAGAAUGUAGCAUGGCAACACAAAUGGAAAUGAGCUACAGUGUAUAAGAGGUGCAUGUGGUGAGACAAGAUGGGAUGAAGUGAGUAAUGAAAUUAUUUUCGAGAGGCUUAGCUUGAAUGGGUACAACAGCAAAGGGAGUGCACUGAGUGGUGGUUGAAUGAGUGAAGCAUUGUGUUUGAGAUGCUUUGGGUGUGUAAUGAGAAUGAAGUGAGGAUGAAUUUGUGAAGUGAGUAUAUGAGGGCAAGAUUCAGGUAGAGGGUGUUAGGGAGAACCACCACUGAGAUGGGGCAAUAUUAAGGACGAGUAUUAGGGAGGGAGAGAACUGGUAGGCUAGGGAUUGAGUGUGAUGAAUAGGGAAAGUUGAAGACAUUUCUGCCGUGGCCAUCCCUUAGAGAAAAAUUUCCAUGAGGGAACAGGGUGUCAGAAAUAUAUAGAUAAAUUAACCAAAUUUCAGAUAAGCUCAUGAAUGUGUAUGCAUGUAAAUGAAAGAUAUACGAUUUGAUACAUAGGCAAUUUAGAAAGUGAUUUAUCUUGAAACAUUUAAAAAAAAACUUAUUUCAUGUCUAGUCUGAAGGGGAAUAUGAGUAAGAACAUUAUUUUUUCUAUUGUUUUAUCUAUCUUUAACAUAGUAUAUACACAAUUUGGUCAUGAUCUCACACACCUGAAUCUCUUCUAUUGCAAUUAAGUCUUCAUUUUAUUUAUUUUUUUUCUUUUACCACUGAAUCGUACAGAAUCAUUCUGAAAAUUUAUUUUUGAGCAUGCUGCAGCAACUACACUAGAGAAGCAGAUAGAUAUAUUGUAAAAAGAUCCAACAGUAGAUGCAGUCCUACAAUACAGAUUUGCAUUAUUUAAAAAAAAUUACAAAUACCUUCAAUCUUCAAUAUUUCUCUAUGUAAAAUUUUCAAUUUUUAACAGGAGUGGUCAUGCACAUAAUGAUUUUCAAGCCCUUAAUUAUCACCUCAACAAACAGCCGUCUGUAUUUGCAGAACACUCCUAUUUCCUUUGAAACAUGAAAAUUUUAAUUAUAUAUGAGAUAAAAUGGAUAGAGUUAUGCAUUUACCUGUAUGACAUAUAUGUACUGGAAAAUUAUAAAUACAUACUAACAUUCAGGUGUGUAUUGCUGUGGAGAGGCUGCCUGUGUGACCCAGUUCAUGCCCCUAGCUGAUACUUCUUUUUCUGGCUCAGAUACCUGACCAUGUAUAGGCUAUUGCUAUGGGUGGCUGUGGUGUUCUAUACGCAUUACUCUUGACUUUUUAUUUUAAUAUAAUGCACACAGAUAAGUACAUUAACAUUCUGUUUUGUGUCUCUAAGAUUGUUUAAAGUAUUUGUUCUUUUUUAAUUGCCAUAGGAUUUAAUCCUAGACUUAGUGACAUUUUAUUUAUUGAGAGAGAGAGAGAGAGAGAGAGAGAGAUUGAUUGAUUUAUGGGUAUGGUAUACUAUAAAAAAAAAGUUAUAUUAUUCAGGUUAACACAUCCACACAAGUAAAAUGCAGGGCAGUGAAUCUCAGCACCAUGUGGGUACUACUGAAAGUGUGUCAUCCACAGGAGUCUUUACAACUAAAUACCUUUAUAAGAAAUUUUUUAGGAAUCUGUAAUAUUGAUGAAACUGAGUGACUUUAGAAAAUGCAGUAUUGUAAUACAUCUUGUGAGACUGUUGUGUGUGUGUGGAGGAAGGGAUUUGGAAUAGAGGCUGACAGGAGGGGCCGAUUAUAUCAAGCAUUGUAUACUGCUUGUUACAUACUCACUUAAAACUGGUAUUGUCAAAUCAAAAGUUUGAAUGUUACUGUUAAAACAUUUUGCUUUGACUUGAGAGUUGUCAACUCUGGGUUUGGGGCAUUGUUUGUCUAGCUGUGGCCAAACCUUCACUGCCUCAUUUCUACUGCUGUAAUACAAGCCAAUAAACAUGAUAUACACUA